AUUAGAAUUAUGGCGGUUUGUUGCCUAGAAACAAAUUAAAUUGAUAAUGCUAUUUUAGUUUAGGGUCUUAUAAUGUUAGAUAUUUUUGUGAAUCUCAAUAAAUUCAAGUUGAUAUAAUGGCUGGCAGGAAAGAGGAACCUAAAAUUCAGCCCAACAAUGACUUGGAAAAGAAAAUUAUGGAAGCUUUUGAGGUGUUCGAUCAUUCAGCAAAACAAGUCGUCGAUGUCAGAGAGAUUGGAACGAUCUUGCGUUCUUUAGGGUGCUGUCCAACGGAAGCUGAAGUCCAGGAAGUGAUUCUAGCGACGGAAAACAAAGAGGCGACGGGAAACGUGCCACUAGCUAAUUUCCUACCGUAUUUGUGCAAGGCCAUGGUAGAACACAGAUUCUACCCAGCCAGUGCUGAGAUGCUGUUGGCAGCAUUCCGUUACUUCGACGAAGAGGGACGCGGCUACCUCACCAAGGAAAGGUUCACACAACUCAUGCUCGAAGAAGGAGAACCUUUUACACAGGAGGAGUUUGACGAGAUGAUGCAAACGGCGCUCGACCCAGUCACAGACACCAUUACCUACGAGUACUACAUAAACCAGCUCAUGGUGGCGCAGAAGGAUGUAUACGUUUUGGCAGAUAUAUUCGAAGAAGAUAGGAAGAGACUAGAAGCCGCUCAACCGAAAAAGAAACGCGCAUCUUCGCUUUUACGCCAAACCAUUUCGAGCCACCAAUAAUUUUGUUUUGUAAUGUUAAGAUGUUAAUUUAUGGGUGGAAGACGAGGUCGUGGAAAAUAAAGAACAGCAAUAAAUUAAAUACUCAUUUCCCUUUUACUAUUUAUC